AUGUUGAUCUUACGAGGAGGGUGUGUCAUUCGAUCGAGCUUGAGAUAUAAAAGAAUGGCAGCUGUAGCGUUAGAUUCAACCGGGCGAGAUCAACUCGAAGCUUCUGGCUGGGCAAAGGUCGAAAAUCGCGACGCCGUCGAGAAAAAAUUCGCGUUUUCUGAUUUCAGCGAGGCUUUUGGCUUCAUGACUCGAGUCGCUUUGAAGGCGGAAGUCAUGUGCCACCAUCCCGAGUGGUUCAACGUCUACAACAGGGUGGAAAUAACGCUUUCGACGCAUGAUAUUGGAGGAUUGUCGGAUAGAGAUUUAAAGCUUGCUAAGUUCAUUGAUGAUGCUGCGAAAAAGGAAUAA